ACCGUCUCCCAUAUUUACCUGCCAGUGGCAUUAUUUGUUGUUCGUCCUCGCCCUUCCACUCGAUGCAUCAACAUCUCUCUUGCUACAGCUGCCCGGUGCUGCAACGUGUUGGCGAAUUGUGCUGUUCAAGUUUCUGAUCCUGGCCAGGAGUGUUGGCCAUUCCAGAAGGUACCAAUCCCCAGUCUCAUAGUUCAACAGCAGCCUUCUCUUCAGCUGGCCCGCCGGGCCUACAGUCUUCCUCGGCCUCCUCCACUGUGAACUUGAUGUCUUGAGUUUUAGGCCUCCAUUGCUUUGUUGUCCUCAACAUGGCCGAGAACAGGUACCGUCCCAGUUCGUACGCUGAUCCUCGCGCGUCCACCGGCAUGGUCUUCUCCUCGUCUUUCGACCCUCGCUAUUAUGCACAGCCACGCUCGGGGUUCGACUCGGUGCCAGCGUCGCGACAUGGCAGUGUCUAUGCUACGCAGGGCGUUGCAAGGAAAACAUAUCUUGAUGACCACCAUCCCGGUGGUGGAUCUACAAUCAGGACCGAAUAUACUGUCCGCCCAAGACACAACUCUACGGUGGGCUCGGAAUCCCGCAGGCCGGUCAGUACUGUCAUAAAUAGGCAUCCUUCGCCUCCACGUGUCCGACCAACCGUCCUCACUACUUCGGCACGCGACGAUCCACGAAGUCCUGCUAUAGCCUCUGCGGGAGCAGGAGGAGAAAGAUACCUUGUCCCUGCUGCGUCACAUUCCCGACAUCAUCACCGCCAUUCUAGUGCGACUGGCGCGGAGCAGGACCGUCUCGGCCCUGCGAAAAGCCAGAGACAACCGGAAUACCACCGUCGUGGUGGUUACAAUGCACCGUUACAAGAUGAGGGGUUCUCAUAUACCACACCCAAAGAGCAUUUUCUUCAGGAGUCGUCCAGGCCUCCGCAAAGACGGGGCAGCUACAGCCGGCGAGAACGGCCGACAAGCGUCAUUGGGCUUCCCGAGUACAGAGCAGCCCCACGAAGAGAUGUGCCACCACCCUCCUCGACGCGUGCAUUAGACCGAGUCGAGAGGAGUGACCCAUAUCGAACUAGUGCUCCUCGACUUCGUGACUAUGACGAUCGUCCGGCAGAAAUUGUCUCCCGGACGAGGUCGAUGAGAGCCCCGGUGGUGCAUCAAUACCGUGAUGAUGAUUAUCCAUUGACUCGGGAGGAGCGAAACCCCCGUAUUGCAGCCAAGCGCCAUGAUCGGAUCGAUGACGACGACAGAAUCCUAAGGGCUAGAUAUCGGGAUGAAAGAGACAGAGAGGGUGCACGUGCGCUGCCUCGCGAAUCUGAGCGUGUCAGGGACAGAGAUCGCGAUCUGGAGAGAGAAAGGGAAAGGGAAAAGGAAAGAGAAAGAGAGAUAGACCGGGAACGAACUGGCGACCGGGAUCAAUUGCGAGAAAUCGACCGCAACAUUAGGGGACCUGAUGACCGUCGUCCACCUCGAAGCCGUGAGGUCAGCCCAGAGCACUCUGGUCCCCGGAAAAGCCUCGCUACAGCCGCUGGCUUAGCUGCUGCAGGAGCUCUGGCUGGCGCGGCUGUCAAAAGUGCGAAGAAAACCCGUGAUGAGUCCGAAAGCGAUGAUAAAGGUCGUAGGCACCGAAGAAGGCGACGCCACCAUGCCGACGAUGAAACUAGCCCAGACGAGCUUGCGAGUCACGUCGAGCGUGAUCUGACUUUGAAUGACGGAGAGCGUGCGCCUCACGACCGCCGCAGGGACGAUCGCAAAGGUGACGGCGCGGAAAGUGAGCGUGAUGACCAAUAUGAUAGGCGGAGGCGACACCGUCGGCGACAUAAAGAUCGGGCUCGCGACGAGGACGAGUCCGAAUCAACCGAGGACUCGGGCGGGAGGGGGCAUCACGGACGCAAGUACGAAAAGGAGAGGGAGGGUGAACUACGCGAGCCUUCCGAUGUACGACGGGAGAGAACACCCUCUCGUGACGGUCCCCGGGAAGCGGCAUCCUCAUCGGACAAGCAUACCUCUUCUCCACUUCAAGACGAGGAUACUCGUCCGAGGCGUGUACAGCUUGUUGAACCCGUGGAAAAGAAAGAGGAGUUCAAGCCAAAAGGUAUCCUCAAACCUCCUCGGGAGGUUCCUUUCCCAGAGGACCCUAAUCCGGAGCGUGAGGGUGUUGCUCCCCUUAAAGAUGCAACCAAGGACGGGAUACCGCCAAAUGCACGGUGGACGAAAAUCAGUCGAGCCUUGGUAAAUCCAGAGGCUUUGGAGAAGGCGCAUGAACGAUUUGAGGAACGGGAUGAUUAUGUGAUUGUAUUGCGUGUCAUAUCCAGAGAGGAGAUCAUGAAGCUCGCCGAAAAGACUAAAGAGAUCAGAGAAGCUCGUGAACGGCAGUGGCAAGCUGAGCUUGAACGGCAACGACGACGACCUAGAGAGGCCCGAGAUUACAAGGACGAGAAUUACGACACGGACGACGAAGACAGGCCACGCCUCGCGAUCGAUCAGGCUCCGCCCAUCCAAGGAGAUCCCCGAGCAUAUUUCGCGCAACAACAGCAGCAACUAUCUAGAGAUGCCGCUCCUGUUUCUGUCAACAUUCCAGGACAGCCUGGGGUAGCAGCGCCACAAGUAGCUUCUCCCGUUGCAGCUCCCCCACCAUCGCAGUCCCAGCAGAUGCCCAUCCCAGAUAUAAGGGUCGAAUCUGACCAGGGAAACUAUAUUGCGAAGAAUGGCUGAAGCAUAAGCAUGUAUGGAAGAAUCAACAUUGAAACUUUCAACUGUCACAUGAUCUGCCCCUGAGAUACUUGAAUAAAAUCAUGACGAAUGAAUGCCGAGACCGGUUGGAAUAGAUACGUCCUCAAGCAAGCAAGAGUUGGUAGACUGGUGUCUUUGGCCUAUCAGAGCAGUAGAAAGGACGAGGAUGAGUUUCCACACGGGCGCCGUGGCCACGUCUCGGUGUCCACGCCAGAAUGUGCACCUACACUGGCAGUAUACGGAAGUGGCACGUGUGUGGCCUGCUCGAACCGCAGUUUCGGCUUCAUUUCAUGGACCAGACGCCAAAAUGGCAGCGAGCCGAUUCCGACGUUUUUGAAGGCCCGACUCCAACGUGGCUCCAUUGUAGCUUGCAUGAUCCACUGGCUCCAACGAUCCGUAGCAGACCCAGUCACAGUCCUACCGAUGGACACCUUAUGCGAACGAGAUGCGACCUCGCCAGAAGGCCGGGCUCCCGUGGUUGGUCAUCGAUCACGUUUGACGUACAAUGUGUCUAAUUCUCCCUUGCAGUAAGCCAGUCCUGCUUCACCUCGUGGACAUGGUGAGCAAAGAUGACAGGAGCGGAAAGCGGAACUCGGCAAGCAGAACGCAAGAAGGAUGCGUGGAGGAUGGUUCAAGUUUGUUGUUAACAUAACCAGGUUAGGGCACUCCACGGUGGAGGAUUGAGCAGGAGAAAAGGAACGGCUCGAGUUUGUGACAUCUGGAGACGGGCGAGGUGUCUGUCGAUGAAGGACCGUUUGCUGUCAAAAGUGUCACCAAGAAGACGGUCGAUUGAACCGGUCAUGAUAGCCUUUACUAGUUAGUUGUGGACGGUUGGGACCGUCAACCGCAAUCACAUCAAGUGUGGAAACUCAGUCGCCCGUGAAAGCCGUGGUCAGAAGAGACUGGCACACCUGUAGACUUUGGACUGUGGUGGUGAUCGACUUGGUAGGAUGAAAAAGGUAGACGAUAAUACUGGGAUGGCAGGAAAUAUUUUGCAGAGGUUUGUUAUGGACUGGCACGUAUAAACUGCGUUAAUAAUAUGGCUGCGGAUUGUUUACCUGCGCUUGUACCUGGGUAACUAGCACUGCUUCAGAAAGCGAAAAUCUAUGCAAAACUUGAAGCUUCUCUUUGUCUAAACCGACGAUACCUUCUGCCGCAUGCUGCGAUCAGCUCUGUUCACAACUUAGGACAGCAGCAAUCUAGUCCGACGGCCUCAUCGAAUCCAAUCUGUCUCUUUCGCCAUGCUGGGAGCGCACAUGCCCUCAGGCGUUUGCUGCAGCCAUCCUCGAAUCAAUCGUGGACUCCUAGUACCUGGUACCUGCUUCUUGUACCUGCCUGCCGCCUGCGCCCCCUUCUCGGCCGCCAGUCUACCGUCCUUGCUGUUGUCUUCACGUACCCUUGCUUGUAAUCCCAGCCAUCCGUACAACUCGCAUCGUGCAACUGCCGGGCUAGUACCUGAAGAUCUUAUUCUCACCUUGAGCAACUUGCCCAGAGUACAAAACACCACCUGGACGCACGCCGCCGUUGCACCCCGAUCUCCUCUCGUGGAACAAAACUCGUGGUUGGCACGCAGGGAAGACAGCCCUCCUCGGGGUGUCUCUUGUGACACGCGUGCAUUACUCAAUGUUGACCAUUCCCUGUCUAUCUCUCGAACGAGGAGGACGAUGUCACAUACGUAAGGGCUUUCUUACCUAGGUAUCAGAUUUCCUGUUAUGCUGACAGUCUUCCGUUGGCGUGACCACUAUCUAUCCGAAGAGGUCACCCUGUAACAACAACAGGAGCCGAAGUUUUCGGGGUCGACGCGUACUGCAGUAUACAGCUAUCCUGCUGACACCGCGUCGACCACUGGGCGAGCUAAAGGCGGAUCUGUUCGGUAGCAUCUCUCCUCCGACAGCAUCCAUGAACUUCGGCUGCGAUUGACAUGUCCUAGUUCGGAUGGGAUGGAUCGUCGUUUUCUCCGCUCCAAGGUCUUCGACCAAUGCCUCAAACGUGCGAGGCCGUGUCCGAUCUCACUACCUCGCGACUUCGGUUGCUCAAUUACACAUGAUGGGCGAGAAGACCUGUUUGUUUCCAUCGGUCCGUUAUGCUCGCCAUCGAGCAUCUUCCUGACAUUGGACAAGUCUACGUCGUCUAGAGACAGCGGCAGACAACACGCUCUUUGAUCCUCAGGGUCUGUCUGUGACUGCUAUGGAGUAAAUUGACUGCGGCCAACGGUGCACGCUGGAGCAGUCUCAAGGAAGAGGCCGGUGGUGGAUCAUCUUCUAGAAGACAAAGUUUGCUGUUCAAAAGCCAACCCUGGGUACGACAGCUAUUGUCUCUGUCUGUACAGCCCUUGAAGGCUGGGGAUCUAGAGCAAUCAGGAAAAUGCUUCAGCACGUCUUUGGGCAUCCAUCAACACUGCCCCAUAACUGCAGUCCGCCUUCGAGUGGAAAGAGGCGUAAACAAAGGUCGCGCCUAUCCGGACAGUGGUUUCGCCAACAUAUUGCCCUUGCGGCUCUGCUGAUCCUACAACUAGGACACGCAGUAUGUGCCACAGGUAGGUAUAGUUGGCAGCUCAUUAAGGGCACAUGUCACUGCAGAGCCAGCCCCUGGGAAGAACUCGCGAAAGCCUGCCGAGCGGGUCUCAGAUAUCCUUCCGUUCUCGGACGCCGGUGGCUUGAUUACGCGCAGAUAAUGUUGGGUUCUGAAACACAGAAAUCUAGCACUGGCAGCAUCUUAACAUUCCCAACAGCAUGCAGUCUGGGACCGGUAAAGUGUACACCAGCUGGUCUAACCAGACCAGGGUCUAAGACGGUCCACCCAGCCAACCCUGCAAUCAAUCAUUCAAUCCGCAACGAGCCCAUGGCUGCACAUCCGAAAGAUUAUCAUCAUCCGCCAUCCGACCGGGACUUUGUAUACUACUGUUCGAGAUCGAAGGACUUCUGCGGUUGGAACAACUCCAGCCGUGAAUAUGGUCUCAAUCGUGCAUGAGAGGUGCAGACAACCGAAAUUAGAGUGCACCCCAAGCUUGACAAACAUUUCAUAUCACGCCAGACAUCUCGUAUCACAAACAAUCCUAGUAUUUGACCCGGGAGAAGACAACGCCUCACGAUACAGCGCUAGUGACCCAGUCUCUCCUCAUUCAACGUAGAAUCCGAAAACCUGCCUAAGGUCGACCUGCCUGCCAUCCAGGACGGGCUGGGGAAUUCAUGCUCCAUGCAUGAACGAGCACACGGAAAUCUGAACCAGCGGCCAAUGAUUCGCAUAAAGAGAGCGGCAUCCAGCACGGCGCAAGUGGGUAAACAGCGCCGCCACGGAGUGCUUAGCGGAGAAGAACAAGAACAGUCGCAGAAGGGAGCCGGCUGACCAAGAGAUCAUGCAGUAAUAAUGGUAUCCGAAGCCUGGCCCCAGCGGACGACGCCAUGGCGGCAGACAGAGAUGUCUUGCACACGGCAGGAGAAGCGCCGCAGGAAACACGAAGUCCGCGCACAUGCGCAGUUUGUCAUUUUUCCCUGCACUCCAUGCUUGGAAAUAGAUGGAUCAGAAGCCGCCACAGUUGGUAUUAUUAAUCAUGUUGCUCCCACAUUGGUAAGAGACUUCUCGAGGACGUCCGAAGUUGUCCGCGACACCCAACAGCGAAUGAUCAGCACAAUCAUGUCAGUCUCGAUCAUCGAUGAAGAUCGAAAAGGCUCCCUGAUAUGCGUUGAGGUACGCUAUCUACAUUGCUACAGAACUUAUCCUUUGAUGUCGUUAUGGCCUCCUGCCAGUGACCAACCAAAACAAAUAAACAUUCUGAUAUGUGAUAUGUGACAACAUUAUGUUAUAACAUGAGCCCAUGGAGGGCUUGAGCAGGCAUGAGUAGGCGAGAUGGAGGCGACGGGCGGGAGGCGCAUAGACCAGCAACUAGGAGAAGCGCCAGAAGAGACAGGCUACCAGCAGGCAGACGGAGGCCAACGCAAACCCUGGGCUGCACGGCUUUCGGGGGUGACAUGGGGCACGACAGUCCUUGAUUCGAUCCCCAAACGAAUGGAGGCCCCAGUCGUGUGCCAGGGCGUGUGCCCCUAGACGAGUUACGGCUGACGGUGGCCGCCUCCAACUCAAACCGACUUUGAGAUUUUGCAUUGCGGGUCCACAAACGGCAGCUCAGAUGAUAAGCUUGCCUCAUUCUUCCGGCUCGGUGGGUGAGUCCUGAACGCGCACGGUUUCACAACCAAUGUCAAUCGAGCUGUUGCCCACCGAGAGGUAGUGGUUGCGUCAGCGGUGCAUAAGCAUGUCCCAAUGAUGGCAGCUGAGUCACGAGAGACAUUUCGGUCAGAAAGCCCAGGAGGGGGUUGAACAGUGACUGCUGCAGUUCAGUAGUGGCAGUCGAGUAGACGGCGGUGGCAGCCCUAGAGCGCGCACAGAAAUGCGGUGAUCGACCGCGCCAACAGCCAUAUCGAGGAUCAACGCCGGGGCCACACAUGGCAGUCAAAGACGGUCGUUAUUGCACAGCGGGUCUAGCGCCGAUCUGGGUUUAGUCGCAGGGAUCACCAAUGUCCUGGGCAUCGGGCGGGAGAGUGCGAGAACCUCAGGCUAAGGAGGCUGAAGCCGCGAUUGAAGAGAUGAACGCCUCGAUGUCGCGGAUUGUGCUGCAAGAAGCCCGUCGGCACAGGCACUGCUUUGGAAGGGCACCCACCAACCUCCAGCACCUCGAGCUGGCAUGUGGACGGUGGUGUCAAAUCGAAGCUGAUGGUGAUCUCUCGGUGUUGUGAUGGAAUCCUUAAGCAUGCAGUUGCACCAAGCACGGCAUUCGGCGGCGGUCCAGACGAGGAGGGCUUGUCAGUCUGGGUCCGCGAUUUGAACAGCGGGAUUGCCAGUGGUGGGAGCUUCACCCUGGGUGGGGAGGGCGCUUGGGCCACAGGCUGCGUGAUUGACAGGUCUGGCUCGGUGGACAAAAUGCGGUUCUUUGGAAAGGGCAUGAGAGAAGACUCUGCGGCAUGCGAGAAGGGAGACUCUGCGGUCCGACUGCCAGUGGCAGCCAGUAGCGUCGCCCGAAUUGACGUACGACAGGUGAGAUUUGGCGACCGAGGUGAGCAAAGAGGAGCUAUGCUCGCUCUGCGGCGUUGCGGCCACCAGCCUACGUCUGAUGAUCGCCGACGCCGUUCGCUGUGUUGGACAUGGUCGCGGGUUUAGCAGCACUGCUACCGCAAUCACCUACUGCGGAGCCACUACGACUACUGGCAGCACUAUACCACUACGGAUCUAGUACCAGGAAGCCUUUAGGGCUGGGCGUGUUUCGCAGUCAAACCCCGGCGCAUCCAGUUGGAGAUUGCAGGGGUGGUCGCGAGCCCUGAACCAGCCCCCGGCAUGCAGUGCGUGGUCGAGAACACUCACUGCAAUUUUCUGUACACUACAAUAUCUCGAAGGUCGACUACAGGCAAAUUGCCCUAGGCAGCAGCUUGCCUUUCAAGUUUGCGAUAUCAAAAGCUAGAAAUGCUGGACGCUACUGUGGUGAUGAUUUGCGCACCUCAUCGCCAUAUUCGAGCAUCAGACGACGUUACAGCAGCCUAACCUCGACACCGAUCUUACGCGCGUCUUGUAGCCGUAUUCAGCGACACCAAGACAUCGCUAUCACCGUCCUAACACAGGUGAUACUAGUACCACAGCAAGUUGAGGAUAUCUGGAUUGAUCGUCCCGGCGUCUUGACUGUUCAGUUCAAGUUCAGCGGCGGGGCUGAAAGCUCGAGCAAAUGUCGCCCGGUGUCUGGUGGUCGGUGCUGAUGAUUGUCGUGCCCAUAACUUAGCGGCUGGCUGUGGUACGGGAGCUGCAGUAGUCGUAGUUCUGCGGCACUCUUAGAUCAGCAUGUACCACUGCUACUACUACUAAGUCCCGUCUACAAUGUUGUAAGCAACACUUGGGUACAGGAACACAGAGGUCCGUGGGGAGGUGCUCGAAGCCAUUGGAAAGCAUACCUAUAACGGGUCGUAUUUACGGCCGUGGAUGCAAGUGAUUGCAAUAAUUGAUUAAUGGGAGAAAUCGUCCGGCGAUCAGGGAGAUUAUGGUCAGAAUGUCUAAUCGUAUCUAGGUAUCUAUAGGUACAAGCAAAUAAUACCUAUACCAGCAUUGCCACCACUAGAGAUGACUGCACUGGUUGGCAGCCGA